CUAAAAUCUGCUUUGUGAAGGAUCUUACCUUCCAUGACUCCUGUGCUUUAUCCCCAGGUUCCAACCUGGUCUAAUAUAAUUGUUCUUAACAAUUACAAUACUAUAAUAACAAAAUAAAUAAUGACAUCUGUAUAGUAUUCAUUAAGUGACAGGCAUUGUUCUAAAUGCUUUAUUACCUUAUUUAUUAUUCACAACAGCCCUAUUGUCCUUAUUUUACAAUCAGGAAACUGUGGUACAAAAAGGUUAAGUAACUUUCUCAAGGCCAUGCAGCUAAGUAUUUGAGCCUAGGCAGUAUUACUUCUUAUGCUUGAUGGUUUGUAUUUUUGCUUUUAAUCUUUGAUAUGCCUUGACUGCGGUUAGCCUGUUCAUAAGUAGGAAUGAAAAUCUCUUUACCUGGUAGGGCAGAGUGUUUUUCUAUAUAGAGUUCCUCUCUGAUGAUAAGUGGGGAUUGCCCACUUUCAGGGUCAGUGUUUUUCUUGGAGGUAAAGUUCAGGAGGCCAGGCCAACUCCAGGUACCUGCAGCUUUCUUUCUUUCCCAUCUAUGAUAUUGCCAUCCUCAUGAUUUUGUAACCACUUCCCUGACAUCUCUACCCAGUGUCACAUUUGAAGAUGAGGAGCACUGAGGAUGAGGAAUCAACUGAAAAGUAUGAAAAUUUUGGAAAUGCAGAAUCUAAGUGGCCAAAAAUAGAAGGUCUUCACAAAGAUUAUGUUCAGGAACCUAAAGUUGGUGAAACUUGUGAUUGGGAUUACAAGGUAGAGAAUCAAUUGGAAAAGACUGAGGGAAAAAGAAUGAAGGAAGAGAAAAGUGUCAUCAGGGAAAAGAUUGGCAAAGCCAAGAACAUGGCACAUGUAAAGACAGAACAGGAAAAUGAGGCAUCUGAGAAAAGCUUACAUUUGAGCUCAAAAUAUGUUGUACAUAAUACUGUCUCUGUAGAACAGAAAAACAGUGAGCGAGGCAAAUGUAUGGAGAACAUUAAUGGAAACUCUUACUCCAGUCUACAGCAGAAAACCACUACUGUUAAGAAAUCACACAAAUGUGAUGAAUGUGGGAAAUCAUUCAAAUAUAAUUCCCGCCUUGUUCAACAUAAAAUUAUGCACACUGGGGAAAAACGCUAUGAGUGUGAUGACUGUGGAGGGACUUUCCGGAGCAGCUCAAGCCUUCGAGUCCACAAGCGGAUCCAUACUGGGGAGAAGCCGUACAAGUGUGAGGAAUGUGGGAAAGCCUACAUGUCAUACUCCAGCCUUAUAAACCACAAAAGCACCCAUUCUGGAGAGAAGAACUGUAAGUGUGAUGAGUGUGGAAAAUCCUUCAAUUAUAGCUCUGUUUUGGACCAACAUAAAAGGAUCCACACUGGGGAGAAGCCCUAUGAAUGUGGUGAGUGUGGGAAGGCCUUCAGGAACAGCUCUGGUCUCAGAGUCCACAAAAGGAUCCACACAGGGGAGAAGCCCUACGAAUGCGACAUCUGUGGAAAAACCUUCAGUAAUAGUUCUGGCCUUAGAGUCCACAAAAGAAUCCACACAGGCGAGAAGCCCUAUGAAUGUGAUGAGUGUGGGAAGGCCUUCAUUACUUGCAGAACACUUCUAAACCAUAAAAGCAUCCACUUUGGAGAUAAACCCUAUAAAUGUGAUGAGUGUGAGAAAUCUUUUAAUUAUAGUUCUCUCCUUAUUCAACAUAAAGUCAUCCACACUGGAGAGAAACCUUAUGAAUGUGAUGAGUGUGGGAAGGCCUUCAGGAACAGCUCAGGCCUUAUAGUGCAUAAAAGGAUCCACACAGGAGAGAAACCUUAUAAGUGUGAUGUCUGUGGCAAAGCCUUCAGCUAUAGUUCAGGCCUUGCAGUCCAUAAAAGCAUUCACCCUGGGAAAAAAGCCCAUGAAUGUAAGGAGUGUGGAAAAUCUUUCAGUUAUAACUCACUUCUUCUUCAACAUAAAACUAUUCACACUGGGGAGAGACCUUAUGUAUGUGAUGUGUGUGGGAAAACCUUCAGAAACAAUUCAGGCCUCAAAGUCCACAGACGGAUCCAUACUGGGGAAAAACCUUAUAAAUGUGAUGUGUGUGGAAAAGCCUAUAUCUCACGCUCUAGCCUUAAAAAUCACAAAGGAAUCCAUCUUGGGGAGAAGCCCUAUAAAUGCAGCUAUUGUGAGAAAUCCUUCAAUUAUAGCUCUGCCCUUGAGCAACAUAAAAGGAUUCACACUAGGGAGAAACCCUUUGGGUGUGAUGAGUGUGGAAAAGCCUUCAGAAAUAAUUCAGGCCUUAAAGUACAUAAACGAAUCCAUACUGGAGAGAGACCUUACAAAUGUGAAGAAUGUGGGAAAGCAUAUAUCUCACUCUCAAGCCUUAUAAAUCAUAAAAGUGUACAUCCUGGGGAGAAGCCCUACAAGUGUGAUGAGUGUGAGAAAGCUUUCAUCACAUACCGAACCCUAAUAAAUCACAAAAAAAUUCAUCUUGGAGAAAAGCCCUUCAAAUGUGAUGUGUGUGGGAAAUCUUUUAAUUACACUUCACUCCUUUCUCAACACAAAAGGGUCCACACUAGAGAGAAACCCUUUGAAUGUGACAGGUGCGAGAAGGUCUUCAGAAACAACUCAAGCCUUAAAGUACAUAAAAGAAUACAUACUGGGGAGAAGCCCUAUGAAUGUGAUGUGUGUGGAAAAGCCUACAUCUCACACUCAAGCCUUAUUAACCAUAAAAGUACCCACCCUGGCAAGACACCCUUUACGUGUGACGAAUGUGGAAAAGCUUUUUUCUCAAGUAGAACUCUUAUAAGUCAUAAAAGAGUCCAUCUUGGGGAGAAACCCUUUAAAUGUGUUGAGUGUGGGAAAUCUUUCAGUUACAGCUCACUCCUUUCUCAACACAAGAGGAUCCACACGGGGGAGAAGCCCUAUGUAUGUGAUUGGUGUGGGAAGGCCUUCAGGAACAGCUCAGGCCUCACAGUGCAUAAAAGGAUUCAUACAGGUGAGAAACCCUAUGAAUGUGAUGAGUGUGAGAAGGCGUACAUCUCACACUCAAGUCUUAUCAACCACAAAAGCAUCCACCGUGGAGAGCAGCCCUAUAAUUGUGAGUGUGGGAAAUCUUUUAAUUAUAGAUCAGUCCUUGACCAACACAAAAGGAUCCACACUGGAAAGAAGCCAUACAGAUGUAAUGAGUGUGGAAAGGCUUUUAAUAUCAGAUCAAAUCUUACCAAGCAUAAAAGAACCCACAAUGGAGAGGAAUUUUUAAAUGUGACAUAUGUGGGAAAUCAUAGUAGUGCAUCACAGAAGAGAACCCUCGAGGGAGGGAAUGUUCUGGAUGGGACCAGGAUGAGAAUAUCUCUGUAGAAGGUAGAGUUUACCAAGUCUCAAAGAGCUCAAAGGAAAGAAAACCUUGUGAAUGUAAGAAUGUCUGAGAUCCUUAUUCAUGGCUUAUAAUUUAGAUAGUCUAAAUGAAAUUAUUCUAGAUGAUUGUAAGUUAUGUUUCCAGUGUGUUUCUAAGUCAUAGUGUCAAGGUAGCUGAGCCCUUAUGGAAUAUAAAGUAGUUCAUAUUCGUGAUACAACCUUUCAAGGUGAUGGAAUGUGAAAAGAAUCUUCAAAAUAAGCACAGAUGUUUCUGGAUAUAAAUCACAUGGAUGAGAAAAGGACUUCAGUUAGGAAUCACUUAAUUACCAUCAGAAAGUUCAUAUUUGGAUAAAUUUUGUGAAUAGAAGUGUAGGCAAUAUGGGUAUAGCUUUGAAUCCCAUUUAUAUAUUGGUCAGUGGAAAAGUCCAAGAAGGGUUUCCAAAAGGCAAAUUCAGGGAGAGACUGGAUUCAGGGGAUAUAUUUAAUAGUAGUGAUCAUGAAGUAUGAACUUGAUAUAAUUGAAUGAAUUGGGGAGGAUGAUGACAACUUGUGAAACAAAAUUUGGAUUUCAGUGUAAGAAAAAUAGAAGGUGUAGACUGUUACAAAUGUAACAAAAGAUAGGAGACUUACAUUUGGAAAAUACAAGUUGAUUGGAAACUGCUCUAGUAAUAAAAAAGCUGAUGCGAUUGAGUUGAUUUUGACUCAGUGACCCUAUAGGACAGAGUAGAACUGCCCUGUAGGGUUUCCAAGGCUGUAAUCUUCAUGGAAGCAGACUGCUACAGUUUCUCCCACAGAGCGGCUGUUGGGUUCGAACUGCUGACCUUUUGAUUAGCAGCCAAGCACUUAACCACUGUGCCACCAGGGCUCCUAAUGUUGUAAUACACUAGUUGAAUUGGUGAAACUUUUUAGAAAUUUCAAAUGGAUCCCUUCAAGGGAUGAUGAAUCUGAAUGAAGGUGAAAAACUUAAAGGUGGUAUUCACACUUUAUGCUACAAUAAAAGGUUCUACUGUGGAUUGGAUUUCAGCACAUUCAAUAAAUAUGGAACAUAUCUUCAGCAUGAUUUCACACCUUACACAACAGAAAGAAUUAAUUCAGGGAUUCUUGUGAAUAGGAGUACUGGGAAGGGAGGGCAUUUCAUUGCCGGAGCUAAAAGACUUACUAAGUAGCUACCAGUAAUUGAGGAAAUCCAUGCUUCAUAAGUAAUCCUGUUAAACGUUUGUUUUGGAAUGUGUUUUUCUAAGGAUUUCAUGCAGUACAUAUGUAUAUUGUCCGUUUUAAAAUAUUAUGAAUACUUCGGGACUUAGUCUCUGCCAUGAAGACCAGUUAGUUAUGGUGAGGUAAGAUGGAACUCCAAUAAAGAAAUUCCUCAAAUGUAAACAGGCUAUGACUUACUUUAGAUGGAGCAGUAUACAGAGAAAGCCAUUCAGAGUGUCAGAUCUUUGUGAGGGUGUUAUACCAAAUUCAUAUCAGGGAGGGCAGCAGGGUAUCAUCCUAUAGCGCUAGUAGCUUAGGAUUCAUGAGAAGUUAGGUGGUACUCCACCAGGAAAAGCGCAGUGGGUUUUGAGGGGCCCCAGGUAAGCAGUGUGAUUCUCAUACUUAGGCUGGAUUAUAAUUCCUAGGAGGGGGUAGGCUAUGUGAGUGAUCAGUCAUCACACAGAAACUGUUUCUGACAGGACAGAUAGAAAUUAACAUGAAAUAUUGUUAACUAGUUACAAAGGUGUUAAUUAGGUAACUCAAAGGGUAGAAAGGGACUCUUCUGAGAGUUAAGUAACCUAUCCAAAAAUACUCUGAGUGGAGCCAAUUCAAUAGAGACUGAAUUCUAAUAAAAAGUCUUUCUGGCUCCAAGAUGCACACUCUUUACAGUAAGUUUGAUAGAAUGAGGGAGGGGGAAAGAGAAUGUGUGGAGACAGGACAAGGAGAAGGAAAGAGCAUUUCUGUGACUCCACUUUGGAGUGUUAUGAGCACACUUGCUUUUUCUUCUCUGUAUUGACUCCCAGUGAUCCGCAGGGCCCAGACUGAUCUUCCAUUUGCUGAAGAUGAGACUGGCUCUGAAUUCAACAAUCAGGUUACCUGAAGUUUCCAUGUGCUGCACAUGCGCCAGGGUGAUGGGUAUGCCAGUGGCUUGAGGUCCACCCUGCACACACAUGUACUUGAACUCCAUCUGGACCUAAUACACUACCUACUUUGGAGGAAGAUGGGUUAAAUAACAAAGGAAAGAAUGGCCACUGUCCAGAUGGGGAUUCAGAGAGCUUCUGUGUGCUGUGCACAGGGACAUGCUCUGCCUUUUGCCACCACUGACUCAGGACGAGGAACCCCUGAGGACCCAGGACCUCCAGUGCAUAGGAAAUGGGACUGCAGGGCCUCUUGCCUGGGCCUCGAGUGCUCCUGAGGGCCAGAUAUAUGACCCUUGGGUUAAUUCAGGACAUGGAUCUCUGGUUCUCAAGCUACCCCAGGUAGACAUCAUGGCAUGAAUCCAAUGAGCUGGUGUGGCUGCACCCCCUUAGGUCCUCAUCAGGACUCAAGCUGGUUUAACACCCCCCACCACCACCUUUCAGAAGAAUGUCUGAUACAUAAAAUAAAGUUGGCAACAUGUAGGUAAAUCAAACACUGUAUAAAAAAAUUAAUAGUGUAUAGUUUCUAGGGCUAAAGAUAGAAUUGAAAUGUUAGGCAACAGUAGAUAAAUUGGAAGCUGCAUAAAAGUGGCCUAAAGUGCUUGUAUUAUCUGGGAGGAGGGUCAAGAUACUGGUUAAGUCUAGGUUUUAAGUUAAAUAUGUGUGGUAAAAUGUCAUGGGCAAUCACUAAAAGAAUAGAACCAAAAUAUAAAUUUAUUUUAAAACUGAGCUUUAAAAAUUGAGAAAAGAGAAGAAACAAAUAUAGAAAAGGUGGGACAAGACUUUCUUGUAAAGGUAGGCUAGGUUAUUUGGAUCAAUUUCCCACCAAAAACAAAAAGACUGCAUAGAUAGAUAGCUCUCCCAAGAGCACAAUGAAACUGAAAAGACAGCGGGUAAUCUCAGGGCAGUUUUAAAAUGGGGUCAUGUGAUCAGAGAGAAUAACACCACAGUUGGGUGCCAGUUCAUCAGCUGGGGGUGGGGGGUGACAGGGACAGAAGAUCAGGGCCUGGCCACCUAAGGCACUGACUCUUCACAGGAGACGUUUCCAACGUUAAACUGGGUUCCCCAAGUGCUACGCUCUUAGUAUAAAAUAAAGCAGAUCUAAACCCAUCCCUCUCCCCAGUCUUGGGGCUACAGAGACAGCUGCUUUGUUACUGAGCAGAGCAGUAGAAGGAAAUAGCCCUGACAAGCUACGGCCUCAGACAGCCCUUACACAAUCUGAGACCUGGAAAAGCAAACAUAAAACUUGGAAGAAGACUUGUUUAAUCUAGGCCUCAGGUGGCACCUAUAAAUAUUUUUUCAGGGUCAAUGACCAGCAAGUAGUCAUAGAUAACCAGGCACAUAAAGAAAAAAUGGCAAAAUGAAUGAAAACCAGCAGAAAAGAACAGACCCACACAGACUUCACAUACUGAAUCAAGUACAUUUGUGAAAAUAAUUGUUCUUAAAAUGUUUAAAAGACAUUCUUUAAAAACUGAAAAUAACUGCAGGGAGCAGAAAUUUAGUAGAAGUAAAAUUACACAUUUAAAAAAGAACCAGUCAGAAUUUCAAGUCUUCAUUGAGAGGUUUUAACACAUAUUUGAUCUCUGAAGUAGCAGACAGAAAGAAUGGGGCAAAGGGAAUGGGGCUGAGAAUUUUCCAGAACUGAUGGAAAAUACAAGUUUGCAGAUUUAGAAGCCCAAAGCAGGAUAAAUUUAUUUUUUUAAAAAAUUAUACCUACAGUACAUAUCCUAUUGUAACUGCAGAAAGGAAAAAAAAUCUUAAAAACUGGUGAAGACAAACUACUUUCAAAAAAUAAUCGUUAGACUUCUCAACAGCAACAAUGAAAGCCAAAAAACUGGAAUGAAAUCAUCUAACCAGAGAUAGAAAAAAACUGUCAACCUAGAAUUUUUUAUACCCAGUGAAAGUGUCUUUCAAGAAUAAGGACAAAAUAAGCACAUUUUAAGACAGACAAAAAUAGAAAAUUCAUCCCUGAAGAUCCUCACUAAAGGAAAUUCUAAAUAAUGCACUUUAAUACAGAAGGAAAAUGAUUCUGAGAUGCAAAAAGAAACAGCAAAGAGAGUGGGAAAUAUGUGCAAUGUAAAUGAACAUUUUAUUUGAAACAAAAUCUAGAGUUGUUAAAAUAAGACAGACUUAAAAUACCAGACAACAAUAUAAGUCAAGAAGGAGUAAAUAGAUUUGAGGUAUUCUAAUGUCUGUAUUUUACAGUAGGCAGUAAAGGUUUUGAUUUCAUGCGUAUUAUAAAGUCUAGGGUAACCAUAAAGUAGAGCAUAUGAUUUCAAUCCUAGUAGAGGAAAAAAUAUUUUAAAACUCAACAAAAAGGCAAGAGAAAAAAACUGGUGAGACAAAACAAAGAUGGUAGGUCUUAAGUCAAUAAUAUUUACAUUUAAUGUAAUUUUCUUAAAUGACAAGGAUUGUCAGGUAGGACAAAAGUACAAAAAAACAGACCAAACCAGUUGCUGGCGAGUAGAUUCCAACUCUGGCCCUAUGUGUUUUAGAGUAGAGUUGCGCUCCAUAGGGUUUCCAGUGGGUGGAAAUUUUUUGGAAGUAAAUCACUAGGCCUUUCUUCCAAGUUGCCUCUGGGUAGACUUGAACUGCCAACCUUUCAGCUCUUAACCAUUUGCAUAACCCACAGACUCUUAUACAAAAGUACAAAACCCCACUAUAUGCAGCUUUUACAAGAGACAUCUUAAAUAUAAAGACAAUUUUAAAGUAAAAGAAUGGAAAGAUUCUAUAUGAAAUAAAUAGUAACCAAUAGAAAGCUAGUACAGCUCUACUAAUAUUAGACAAAGUAGUUUAAAGCACAAACCAUUGCUAGAAAUAAAGGGGUCAUUGCUUUAAGACAAAAGGUUCAGAGAAGAGAAAACUUGGAAGAUACAACGGUUUUAAGUUAGUAUCCAAUAAUAUAGUUCAAAAGAUUGGCAAAAAUUUACAAAACAAAAAGGAGAGAUACACAAAUCCACAGUCCCGAUGGAAGACUUUUGACACCUCUCAGUAAUUAAUACCAUAAACAGACUAAAUAGUAAAGAUGAACAAUACAAUUAACAAGAUAAAUACUUUUAUACAUGAAACAUUUUGAAAAAUGUAUUACAUGCUAGACCAUAAAGCAAGUGUCAACAAAAUUUAAAGGACUGAAAUCUUACACAGUAUGUUCUCUGACCAUGCAAUUACACUAGAAAUUAAUAAUUUAAAACACACUUAGCACCUCCCCAUUAUGUUCAGAAAUUUACAAAUACAUUUCUUAAUAAAUCAUGGUUCAACGAUGAAAAUAUUUUGAACUGAAUGAUAAUGAAAAUAGUAUUUAUCAAAACCAGUGGAAUGU